AUGAUCUCUGAACCUGCUCCUGAGACUACAAAUCCCCCGACCGCAACGACUGUUAUACUCACCGAGCUAAAGAGACCACCGGAGACGAGGAAUGAACACCAAGACUGUACGCCCGAAACUUCGGCGCUCAUAAAAGAUGUCAUUGCGACACCAGCAACUUUGAAGGACAAGGGCAUGGAGCAGACUAUUCAGCCCACGGCAUAUGCUGUGCCAGUGCCGCAGCAGGCGACGACGUAUGGCGCUAUGGGCGCAAAUUGUGCCGCUCAGCAACUGUUGCAUCAUAAGACUGUCGAUUUUGUCGUCCACUGGGUGUGA